UGGAAGGAAGUGAAACUCACGCAGACUUCCGGCAGUCUAGAAGGUUUAUAUAAAAUACCUUCUUUGUCUAACGAUGAGCAUAUCUGGGGUAUUCCAAGAGCAUCUCGACAUCCUGACACUGUUGUGUGCCUUCGUGAUGAAUCGCUUACACAAACUCCUCUUUAUUGUGCUGGCAUGUUCAGCGCAACAAGCACUUGGAGGUACAAUUAUUAACGGGAGAGAGGUCCCGCCAAAUUCAUUGCCGUACAUGGCUUCUGUGCAACACCAUGGGGAACAUAUCUGUGGCGGAUUUCUAAUUAGAAAGGACAUUGUACUUACUGCUGCCCACUGUGACAAAAAGGAGUUGACAGUUGUUCUGGGAACGAAUGAUCUACGCAAGGUCAAGAAAACAAUGAGAUACCACGUUAAAAAAUGCAAACACGCAGACUUUGACAACUCUUCCUUAGCAAAUGACAUAAUGACGCUCAAACUGUCAAGUCCAUCACAAAUAGAACCAAUUCAACUUCCAAAUGGCAAAAUGAAGAUCAAAAAUAACACCCCAUGCCUUGUAGCCGGAUGGGGUUCUAUCAUGAGUGGGGGCCCUGGAGUUGAGAAACUUAGAGAGGUCGAUGUGGCUACUAUUGACCGGAGGAUUUGUAAGCAGAGAUGGACAACUCUCCCAGCCAAAACUAUCUGUGCAGGUGGAUACCCAACGAAUAAAGGUUUUUGCCAGGGGGAUUCCGGUGGACCUCUUGUAUGCAAUACGAUGGCUGUUGGAAUAGUAUCAUAUACCGGCGAUACCUGUGACUACCCACAUCUACCGAAUGUCUACACUGACAUAACAAAGUUCCUGCCAUGGAUUAAUGACCCCAAAGCAAAGUGCAAGAUUGCUUAG